AUGGAGGAACUAUCAGUGAACGGUGCAAUGUCGACGCAGGAUUUAGCGAUGGAAGGUCAUAAAUACUUGGAAGAAACUAUACAAUAUGCUUAUAAGAUACUUUCUUCCAUGAACGACGAACUUUGUAACCCAGCUUUGUGGUCCACUACUCCUUCCGCGGUUAACUCUCCCAAUGCUCCUUCCUCAAAUGGUGAUGCAACUUCUGAUAACUCCGGCCAACACGGCGAUGGAGGCGCUUCCGGUGGUGGUACUGGUGGUGCUCUUGAUGAAGCUCGAUUUCGGUAUAAGAAGGCUGUUGCUGGUUUACGUAGUGUGCUUGUUGCUAUUCCGAACUCUCAGAAGACAAACACAUUUGACAAUGGUUCAGCUGCUAGCCCUGCGGAUGAAGCUGAAAUCGAGAAGUUGGAAGAGCAAGCCUCUUCUUUAAGAAAGGAACUUGGCAACAAGAACUUGCAUCUGAAGAUACUCAUAGAUCAACUACGAGAGCUUAUCACUGACAUAUCAACAUGGCAAAGUCCCUUUUCUACCUGA